AUGAUGGUGAUCGAGAGCAAGCUGCUUCCUAGAGUGUGGAGCACAGCCUUUGCCCCACUGAGAGAUAUUCCAAUCUCGAGCCCCGCAGGGGGAGAUCCCUGUGCCUUUGAGGGAGUGAGGCUGAGCGGCAGGGAGCUGCCCCAGCCCGUUGGAGAAACCCAGAGGACCCGGCAGUCCCUAGAGCACCUGCUGCCAGCUGGGCCCCACCUCACUGUGGGGCCUGGGAAGGGGGUGGUGGUGGGUGGGGUAGAAGGACCUGUUUUUAAGGAGGUGGACAAAAUGAUGAGCUGGAGACAAUCUCUGCAAGGCUCAGAGGCAUCAAAACUCCGCACCAUUUACCUCAAUGAACCCCUUAAGAACAAUUUCUGUGGAAACUCAAUCAGCACGACCAAGUACAGCUUGUGGUCUUUCCUCCCUCGAUUCUUGUAUCUGCAGUUUAGCAAAGCUGCCAAUGCUUUCUUCCUGUUCAUUGCUAUAUUGCAGCAAAUUCCAGAUGUGUCUCCAACAGGAAAAUAUACAACUCUGUUGCCUUUGAUGAUUAUCCUUUCAAUUUCAGGCAUCAAAGAAAUUGUAGAAGACUAUAAACGAUAUUUGGCAGACAAAUUAGUUAAUUCAAAGAAUGCAGCAGUGUUAAGACACGAUACAUGGAAAAUGAUUAUGUGGAGUGAGAUGGAGCAAUAGAGGAUCAAAGAGAAUAAGUAGCUUGCUCAAGAUCACACAGCAAAGUGGGGAAAAGGGGAUUUGAACCCAAGUCUGUCUGGUUAGAAGACUACACUGUC